AUUUCUGUUUUACUAGAAUUGUUAGACAGAAUAAUCCAGAUGUGUUGUUCAUUUUUCUAAAUCUGACGGCUUGAAGGACUGUGCUGAAUUCAGCUGGUUUUCACAGGCCAAACUGUUCUCAGCAUCCGGGGUUAACUACUGAUGGUUCUUGAACUCCUGUAGAGGGAACCACAAUGACAACACUUGAUCUUUGGAACACCCUAAAUGACCUGACAGAUGAUCAGUUCAAGCAGUUCAAGUGGUUUCUGAAGCAGGAUGACAUCCUGGAAGGCUUUUCAGCUAUCCCAGUGGCUCAGUUGGAGAAGGCAGACAGGCAGGACACGGUGGAUCGGAUGGUGGAAAAAUAUCAGGGUCCUGGAGCUCUGGAGGUAACCACGAAGGUUUUAGGAAACAUCAGCAGGAAUGAUCUGGUGCAGCGUUUAAAAAACUUCAGCUUGGGACCAAAAGAUGGUGCUCACAAAGACAACAACAGAAAGAAGCCCAAGCUGAAGAGCGUCCAGCAGUUUGCAGUGGAUGUGACUCUGGAUCCUGAUACAGCACAUCCUCAUCUCAUCCUGUCUAGUGAUCGGAAACAAGUACAUCAUGGUGAUGUGAGGAAGAAACUACCACACAACCCUGAGAGAUUUGAAACAUGUGUGAACAUUUUAGGAAAGCAGAGUUUCUCAUCAGGAAGAUUUUACUUUGAGGUUCAGGUUAAAGGGAAGACUGCCUGGGUUUUGGGAGUGGCUAAAAAUUCGAUCAAGAGAAAAGGAAGUAUCACAGCAAGCCCAGAGAAUGGCUACUGGACUAUAAUGAUGAGGAAUGGAGAGGAGUAUGAAGCUAAUGAUGAUUGUCCAGUCUCUCUCUCUCCGAAUCACCAUCCUCAAAGGGUGGGAGUGUUUGUAGAUUAUGACGAAGGUCUGGUCUCCUUUUAUGACGCAGAUGCUGCAGAUCUUCUCUACUCAUAUACCAGCUGCUCCUUCACUGAGAAACUCUACCCAUUCCUCAGUCCUUGUACUAAUAAUGGUGGUAAAAACUCUGCCCCUCUGAUUAUCUCUCCGGCCAAUCACCUACAGAACCUUAAGACACAGGAUUUCGGUGUUCUCAAAGAAGAACAUGAAAGAAAGAAGGCUGAGCUGAAGAGCGUCCAGGAGUUUGCAGUGGAUGUGACUCUGGAUCCUGAUACAGCACAUCCUCACCUCAUCCUGUCUGGUGAUCGGAAACAAGUACAUCAUGGUGAUGUGAGGAAGAAACUACCAGACAACCCUGAGAGAUUUUACAGAUGUGUGAACAUCUUAGGAAACCAGAGUUUCUCUUCAGGAAGAUUUUACUUUGAGGUUCAGGUUAAAGGGAAGACUGCCUGGACUUUAGGAGUUGCCAAAGAGUCGAUUAAAAGAAAGGGGGAUGUCACAUUGAGUCCCAAAGAGGGUAUCUGGACUAUUUGUUUGGAGAAUGGAGAUGUGUAUGAGGCUACUGAUGACCCAUUAGUUAAUCUCCAUAUGAAAUCACAUCCUCAAAGGGUGGGAGUGUUUGUAGAUUAUGAUGAAGGUCUGGUCUCCUUUUAUGACGCAGAUGCUGCAGAUCUUCUCUACUCAUAUACCGGCUGCUCCUUCACUGAGAAACUCUACCCAUUCCUCAGUCCUUGUACUAAUGAUGGUGGUAAAAACUCUGCCCCUCUGAUUAUCUCUCCGGCCAAUCACCUACAGAACCUUAAGACACAGGAUUUCAGUGUUCUCAAAGAAGAACAUGAAAGAAAGAAGGCUGAGCUGAAGAGCGUCCAGGAGUUUGCAGUGGAUGUGACUCUGGAUCCUGAUACAGCACAUCCUCACCUCAUCCUGUCUGGUGAUCGGAAACAAGUACAUCAUGGUGAUGUGAGGAAGAAACUACCAGACAACCCUGAGAGAUUUUACAGAUGUGUGAACAUCUUAGGAAACCAGAGUUUCUCUUCAGGAAAAUUUUACUUUGAGGUUCAGGUUAAAGGGAAGACUGCCUGGACUUUAGGAGUUGCCAAAGAGUCGAUCAACAGAAAAGGAAAUAUAACAACAAUUCCAGAGGAUGGCUACUGGACUAUAAGGAUGAGGAAUGGAGAUGAGUACACAGCUAAUGAUGAUGAUCCGGUCUCUCUCUCUCUGAAUCACCAUCCUCAGAAGGUGGGGGUGUUUGUGGAUUAUGAGGAGGGUCUGGUUUCUUUUUAUGACGUAGAUGUUGCAGAUCGUCUCUACGCCUUUACUGACUGCUCCUUCACUGAGAAACUCCUUCCAUACUUUAGUCCUUGUACUAAUAACAAUGGUGAAAACUCUGCCCCCUUGAUCAUUUGUCCUGUUAAUCAUUUGUAAACGAUUAAUCACACUUGUAUUU